AUGGAUUCUCGGAAGCUCCCUCUGUCGGCAGUCAAUUCCCCUCUUUCAUUGUCUAGUUGGCCGCUCCUAAAGUAUUCCUCUUCUGCUUCCUCAGUAUCAGACUCGGCCCACCCUCCAUGGUCACACUUCCCACACAGGGACAAUGUAUUUCUGGUGAUCGAUACUCAUCGUGUUCCCGGAUACAUUCAGAACGAUGGAAAAUUUGUUGACAAGCAUACAAGGCUGAAAGUCGUAUGGGGUCUCGAGACAAUGGAGAGUUUAGACUUGACAAGCCUAGCUAAACAGACUAUCCCGUCUCAUGAUUCAUCACAGUUCCAUAAGCCGGCUUUCAUGGCACUUGGGCGCUCGCCAUCUCUAGCCAUUAAAUAUUAUAAAGCAGAAGACCAAACCAUUCGCCGAUUUCAAAUCAAAUUUCAGUCGGAUACCGCCUACCAAUCGGCCACAGCACUUCUCGAGCAAGCAAACUGCCCAAUUGGCACACCUCCAGCAGAUAAACACGAGCCAUCUUCUCAGUUUCAGUUUGCACAGGCAGGCCCACCAGUCCCUCUCCGUAAUAAUACUAUCCAAGUGUUACGUACUCCACCUGGAUCUUCUUCGGGCUACACACUGAGUGUAAUUACAACCAACAGUACGCCCAGUAACUUUCAACAAACAAACGAUCCUCACUCAGCACCUUCAUAUUUUGCUCCACAGAAUCUGCAUCCUAGCACAGUAAAGCCUUCUGAUAUGUUUCUGGAAGAUGAUAUUCCACCACCACGCCCGCCAUCCAGCUUUCUAUCUAGAAAACCCACCGUGCAGAAUCCGACAAAUCCCAUCAACAAUGGAGCUCUGGUGGAUGCGAUUGGCAGUCUCCCGCCACUCCCGAAACCAACGCCAGUGAAAAAAGCGCCCUCAUUAGUCUUUACUAGUGAUAAUAUACCUGCAUAUCAUGGAUCUGACUUCAAACAUUCCUCUAGACCUAGGCCUGGGGUUAGCGCCUUCCAACAGCAGAGUGACAAUCAAGGAUUAGCCACGAAAACUAGAGUGGGAGGUUAUAGGUCCGGGUUGCCCGAGAUUGUUGAAGAACAUGCUAGGGCGAACGACACAAAAGAUCGCGGAGGAUUUCCAGUGUUCCCACGUGGCUAUAAAAAGCCGGAACUUAGGUCCGAGACCUUUUUGCCGGCCGUCCCACAGGAAAGGCAGAAAGCUGCCGGUGAUAUUACAGUUACACCUACUGCAGGCGCUCGAAAUCCCAACAUAGGAGGAGGAGGAGGAGGAGGAGGGAAGCGGAAACAAGACGAUGACGACGAUAAAGACGAGCAAGAACCGAAAAAACAAAGGGGCGAUCAUCUCCGUACACAUGAAGAAGAAGAAUUCAGGCAAGUUGAAGAUUUUAUCAUAAACGCCAUCCACGAUGACGAGUUUUUGAGGCUUCUUGAGAUGAUCGGUGGUGUUUGGCAGCGAAUGGGUUUCGAUGAAGUUAGGCAUAAUUUAUCCGGCGCUGGCACGUAG